AUGAAACCUUUAUAUUCUUGCUGUUCCCUUCCGAGUUCAUUACUGCAGCACCACUGUGACUCAGUGACUGCUAACAAAACGAAGCCGGACUUGAUGACGGACAAUCGGUUUGACGAUGAUCGUGCCAAGCCCAAGGAGGCAGCAGCUGGAGCGUACCAGAGCUCUGCCUUCGCUGAAGCUUCAUGCAGGAAGAAUAUUAUGGAGCAGGAGUGGGCAGCAAGAGAAUCUAUGGUCUUCUCUUACAGCCACGAGGACAGCAAGGGCUCUAACGGCUACUGA